AUGGGGGGAAAACAUAAGCAAGCAAACAGAGUAAAAAAUAACGCAAGGCCUUCAAGUAGCAGUCAUAGUACGCAAUUGCUUGGUGACACAAUUCCUACAUUUUUUGGAUUUUCAUCUGCAAAAAAUAAUAUAUCCACAGUCCCUGGUUUUCAAACUGAUGAUGCAAUCAUUUGUAUCAACUCAGAUUUUCAAAUUUUAUUCAAACAAAUGAGUAAAAAAGAUCCUACAACCAGAUUCAAAGCACUGCAACUUUUUACCGAUUUAGUUAACAAUGUAGAUGUUGAUGAACUUAAAACAAUUUUGCCAUUAUGGGCUAGGACAUAUUGUUUGUUAAGCACAGAUGUUGAUCACAAAGUAAGAGAAAUAACUCAUAAAGCUCAUAAGGCAAUUGUGUCAAAAGUAAAAAAAAUGAUAGCACCUUAUCUCAAAGAAUUAGCAGGCCCAUGGUUUACAUCUCAAUAUGACACAUAUGCUCCUGCUGCAAGUGCUGCUACCUUGUCCUUUGAAGAAGCUUUUCCUUCCUCAAAACUACACAAGGCAAUAUUAUUUUGCCAAGAAGAAAUUUUGUCUUACAUAUAUGAUAAUUUAAUCAUCCACACUCCACAAUCAUUGAGUAAUCCUAUAAUUACUUCUGCUGAAGAUUUGCAAGCUAAAUAUGAAAGAAUUAUUCUUGCUAGUUUACAAGGCUACUGUUUAUAUUUACAAAAACUUACAACAGCUCAAAUUAAAGAAGCCGAAAAAAGUAACAAAAAAUUGUUGUCUCAUCCCAAAUUCUGGAAAUAUUCAAAAAACAAAAUUGCAUUGAUAAGAACUUGUUUUUUUAGAACUUUAAUUUGCAUUUGUCAAAAUGCACAAUUUUUAUUAUUAGAAGAAUCAUCAAAUUUAAGUUCUGCCAUCUUUAACAAUUUAGAAGAAACUGAUCCUGUUGUGCUACAAUCUGUUUGGGGUGCAGCUCUUAACGUACUAAUUACUUUAGAAGAUUGCUGGUCUCAUAUUAAUUUAGAAAAACAAUUAGUAGUAAAACUUUUUUCUAUUUUAAAAGCUGGAGGAAGAAAUGUAUUUACAAUUUAUCCUAAUAUUCUUCCUCUUUUAAGUAAAUUGCCUAUUAGUAAAUUGAACAAUAAAGAAGUGUUUUUCGAUAGUUUUCUUGAAAAUAUGGAAAGGGGUAUUGAAAUUAAUUUAUUCAGUCAAAGUAUAAUUGAAGGUAAACUGAUGGCUAAUACUUUUGUGGAAUGCUUCAAGUUUAUUAUUCUGCAAAAUAUAAUGAAUGCAGAAUUUUGCUCUGCCGUCAUUGUUAAACACUUGGCUCCAGUGAGUGACAAAUUAUUCGAAGAAAAGAUUAAAGAAGCAGUUAAAAUGCCUUUUUGGAUUCAAAUCGCCUGUUUGGUUCAAAGUUGGCAUAAAAACAGUGUUUUAGUGAAUUCAGUGUAUGCAAAUUUUUUAAAUGAUUUUUUUGACUCUCUUUUACCGUUAUUCAUAAAUCGGCUUGACACUCAAGUUUCACAAUCACUAAUUGACUAUGUUUUAGAAAAUCAAGUACAAUUUUUGAACAUUUUGCUACAUCCUGAUCAAUUUAUUUUCAAAAGCAAAGACCGUGUCAAAUUUGCUGAUGUAAAUCAAGCAGAAGAAAAAACUGAAAUCGUUAUCAAAAGUUCUUCUGAAUUUAGUUGUUCUGAACAACUAAAUAAAUUUAUUAAUGAACUAGUGAAUGUAUACUUUAAAAAUGCUAUUCAUAGGAAAGAAAAAAGGUUUAUUCAAGCAAUAAAAAAAAUUAUAGACAUAUUUUUGCCAAAGUUAGUAUUUGAACAAUUGGUUUUAACUGUUCAAGAAUCGACAUAUUUUAAACUGUUCAGUAGCUAUUUUUCUAAAUGGUUGAUUGACGAAGAAAUGAAAUGUGAUGAACUUAUUAGUAUAUCAUUUAAUCUUCUGAGUUUUGUAACUAGUGAUGAAAGACAAUAUAUUUUGGAAGAACUAUCUAAUAGUUGGCUAACUGAUUCUUUACAAUGCAGCAUUUGCAAUAAUCUUUUAAGUUAUUCUAAUAAUGAUUACAUAAUUACUUGGGUUAAAAGUGAGAAAUUUUCAAAAAGUAUAUAUAAUUUAAUUAACCGUUAUAUAAAUGGAAGCAUGGAAGAAAUACCUUUACAAGAUAGCAUUGUAGCUCUUCUUAUGGCUAAAAAUGAUAAAAAAGAAUUCAUCAUUCAAGAAUCGGUUGUACUUUCAGUAAUGGAUAUAUUGAGGCAUAAAUUGGAAGAACCUGGUGAUAAAUCGUAUGCCAUUGAAUUGUCCCAACAAUUAAUUUUAAAUGCUGAAUCCGUUCAUGUUUCUGAACAUUCAUUUUUACUUUUGGUUGCACAUCUUUUUAAACUGUCUUGCUGCAAAUUAAAUGGGGAAAAAAUACUACAAACGUGUGAAACUGGAUUGAAAAAAAUUUUUUCAUUAAAAUCAAAUAAAAAUGAUGCUAUAAAAAUAGCAAAUAUUUUUUCAGAAAUGAUAAGAGAAAUAAUUAUUGAUGAAAUGGUAGAUUACCCGGUUCAACAAGUAAUUACUAAUCUAAAACUUUAUUUAAAUGUAAUGGUUGGAGAAAAUCUUAAACUCGAUGAUUUUCAUCAUUCUGAUGAAAAUUUUGAUAUUAUUGUGGAUAAAACAAAAAUUUUUCGUGUCAUUAAAAAAUUUUUAAAAUGGAAUAUAUAUGUGGGAAACACUCUUGAUUUGCUCUUUGACAGAGAAAAUAAAGAUGAGGAUUGUAUAUUAACGAAAAAUGAAAAAAUGGACGACUUUGAAAUAAGAAAAAACAACAAAGAGGUUGACAAAAUGGAUAAGGAAGAGAAAAAUUUAGAUUCCUCCGUUUCUAAAUGUGAAGACUUAAAAACUUUAUUAAAUGAAUCAUACGCCAUUAAAAAUAGAAUUCAAAAUAUUAAAGAGGAUUUUUGUAAAUUUUUUAUGAGCUUUGCACUUUUUGAACGUUUUCAAAAAUUUUACAUUUCUACGAAACAAUUUCGAGAUUUAAAAAAAUUAAUCAAUAAUUUAAAAUCGAUUGCUGGAAAGGUGGUGAGAAAUUUUAACGAAGCAGAAUUACAAGUUAUUUUUCAUUAUAAUCAAACAUACUUUGAUAAAAAAACAAUAUGGCACAUUCUAAAGCCGGUUUAUAGUGAAAUUUUUAAUGAACGACCGUUAAAACUGGUUAAAAAUGAAAAAGAAGACGAGGAUGAUUUAUGUUCCAUUGAAAAUUAUUUCAAAUCUUUUCAAAAUUCUAAGAUUACCAAUUUGCAAAUUCAUCGAGCAUAUAUUUUAACCAUAUCUUAUUUCAUCGAGAAUAAUUAUCACGAUAAAAUUUCCGAAUCGAUUUGGGACGACAUUUUUAUUUAUAUGCAUAAUUAUUUAAAAAAAAUUGUGGAAAAAUCUAAAAUUUCGGAAAAUGAUUUGUUGAUGCUUUUAAGCAUAUCUCGUUUAUACCUUAGUGUUAGAAACAUGUUCAGGAAUAAUUGUAGCAAACCUGUGGAAGAAAGAAUAUCUCCGGAAGUGUGUUUGGCAUGGAAUCAAGUAGCUCAAAUUGAAAUAUAUAAUGAAAUUUAUUUUGCAUGGAGAAAAUCCGUAAAUGAUUGGAAUCAGACAAAUAUUCCUCCUCACUGCAUAACAAUUUUGCAAAAUGUCAGCGAAUGCGUUUUAUCGGAUUUGGAAUUGAAAAAAAGUGAAAAAAAUGAUGAAAGCAUCGAUUUACUAUAUGAAUGCAUUAAUUUGAUGAUGUCUUCCCACGUUUUUAUACAAAUAACAGCUUAUAACAUGUGCUUGAGUUUGAUUCCAGAAUUAGUUAAAUUAGAUACAAAAAUGUUUGGUAAUAAUAUGUCUAAAAUAUUUGAAAAUGAAAAGGAAGGUUCUACGUCGGAUAUACAGGAAACGAAUGAUAAUUGGACGAUAAAAAAAUUUAAAAAAGAAAUUUCAGAAAAUCAAGGAAUCAUCGAGAUUUUACUAUCGGAUUUUUUUGUUGGCGAUCAUUGCAUAGUCGAACCUUUUACCGAUUCUUUUACAUACACACAUUCUUAUUUAUUACUUUGGUGUUUUAUUUUGAACACGUGUGGGCAAGCACAUUCUUCAUUGCGUGUUUUAUACGGAAACUGGUUGCAGGAUGCUGGUUUCAUUGACGUUUUACUCAAUUCAAUAUUUAAAUUAAUGCCUCAAACUGUCUUGCACGGAAUCAAAGCCGAGAAAGAAUACGUUGCGUAUUUCGAAGAUAAUUUUUCUUUAGAAUUCCAUCGUAAACCGAUCGAAAGCAAACUCAUCGAACAGUUGGCUUGUUUGGUUUAUAAAUCAUUUUUGCAAAAGUUACCCAAUUACGUAAGGGAAUGGUGGAAACAAAUGGAAAAUAAAACUUCCAAUCUAGUUGACAACGUGACCAGGCUUUAUGUUUCGCCUAUAUUAAUUUUAAAUGAAUUUAAAAGUCUUCAGCAAGACCGAAAUGAUGGAUUGGAAAAUAUUGAGAUUAAAACACAUCCCAACGCGAGAGAAGUUGUUGCCAUAUACACAAUAGAUGAAAUAAAAAUGGAUUUAAUAAUAACGCUUCCUUCGAAUUACCCACUCGGACCGGCCAAAAUAGAGUCGAGUAAUGUGAUUGUGGGAACUUCAAAAUGGCGAAAUUUACUUUUUCAAAUAUGCAAAUAUUUAAUACAUCAAAAUGGAACCAUAUGGGACGCUUUAAUCAUUUGGAAAAGUAAUUUAGAUAAAAAAUUUGAGGGAGUGGAAGAAUGUUACAUAUGCUUUUCCAUUCUUCAAGGUUCUUCAUUUGAAAUCCCAAGGCUUUGCUGUCAAACGUGCAAGAAAAAAUUUCACUCCAAUUGUUUGUAUAAAUGGUUCAGCACUAGUAUAAAUUCAACAUGUCCAAUUUGUCGAAAUUUAUUUUAA